UUAUCUCAUCCAUUCUCCAUGUCGUUGUUCGAAUACCUUCUAAUUAUUUGCUAAAUAGCAGUUUUUAUUGACUGCGCCUAUUGGGCGAUUGGUUGUACGCUGAUAUGUCGGAGUAUACGGAGUCGGAUCACAUCGGCAAGAAGAGGCGACUUGAAGUGCUACACACAAACUCUUCUCUGACAUCAUCCUUCACCCGUAAGCGAUCAGUAACCGCGUGCCGGCUCUGUCGCAACAGGAAGACGAAAUGCGAUAACAAAAGACCCGGAUGCUCGAAAUGUCAAGAACUGGGUGCUACGUGUAAUUAUCUUGAUGAUACCAAUCCGUCUGACCCAGCUACCCACAUACUGGACCGCCUGGAAUAUCUGAUUGGUCUUGUAGAAACAAAUAAACAUGUUGGAGAAAACGCACCCGAACCCCAAGUUCAUAAUUCCGUCGAAUCGCCUCUUUUGAAUAGGAGGAUCCUACCCAGUACGAACGGGCAUCAAGAUGAUGGUGCACGACGAUUGAGACAUUCGCCAGUCGAAGUGGAGCGCGAAAAACGCCUCGGAUCAUCAAUUCAAUCAUAUUUCGGGUCUAGCGAGGAGAUCUUGGGUUGGCCUAUCUUCGGCGCAAGAUAUGACCAGCAUCGCAUUGAAGCUCUGAUUUACGACCCUACCUUGAUCCUUGGUACACUAGGAUCGCUGCCCACAUCUCCAAAAGUGGAUGAUGAUACUUUGAGAGAGAUCUAUGUAGACCCUCGGAGUGAUUCUCACAGUGGAAGAGGCAUGCGCGAGGAAGAUAUCCCGGCAUUGGUCGAGCGUUUUCUCACGAAUGUUCAUACCAAGAAUCCCAUUUUCGAACCGGAAUAUCUGCGAACACUUUCAAAGUCUGUUGUGGAGAAUGGAAUAGGGUGGGAGGCUUCGAGCUGUCUCGUUCUAAUCGUUUGCGCCCUCGCCGCCAUUUCUUCCCCCUUCGUGUUCAAACUCGCUCCCGAAGUUGGCCUCAACGAUUCAGAAAAAAUGGACAGUUUGAGUACAACGCUGGACUACUCUACUGCCGAAGCCUACUACAAUGCAAGCCGUAAACGCAUGGGUUUACUCGCAAAUACUCUAAUGGCUACCGAAUGUCACUUCUUGGCAGGUGUUUACGAGAUGUACUCGCUUAGACCGAUGCAGGCAUCUAUCUCCUUCAACAGGGCUUGUGUCGCAUUUCAAACCUUGACAUGGAUGAGAUCUGAAGAUUACAUAGCGCAUGGCCAAGUGACCAAGGCUCGUGCUAGCCGCCUUUACUGGUCUUGCCUGAAAUCGGAGCAUGAGAUUUCGGUGGAGCUGAGAUGCCCGCCCUCUGGCUUGACAAAGCUCAAUUAUACGAAUUCGUUUCCUGCACCCCCAACAGCAGCAUCCAACGAGGAUCUAUACGAAUUACCGACUCUGAAUGGCAGUGCUACAUCACCUACCGCAGCAUCUAUGAACACGCUUCACCAUGAUUUUGAGAAGGCAUGGUACUACUAUUUGGCUGACAUUGCAGCACGAAGAAUCUUGCAGCGGGUUAUGGACGUCUUUUACAGGCAAAGCGAGGUUUCCUGGACCCAAAUACCUUUGUCAGAACUUUUGAAGACAGCUACAGAGUUAGAUCGACAAUUGGAUCAAUGGGAAUCGACUCUUCCAGAUCAAGUAGCCUUCAAGGCUUAUCAACAACCGGAAGAAGAACUUUCGUAUCACCUGCAAGCCAGGAUGAUUGAGAUCAGGGAGCGCAUACAUCGGCCAUUCUUGUACCUUUCUGUGCAGAUGGAUCUUGGUGAUGCGGAGCGAGCCUCUCUGCUCCCAUUCGUGCAAGAGCACACGGAUACCUGCUUGAAACUGAUCAGACAAUGGAACAUUCAGCACCGUCAUCAUGGAACAUGGUUGAUGGUCCGACAAAGUUUUUCGGCUUCACUGCUACUGUUGGUGGCGUACAAAGCGCGCCUUGUGGAGUCGUUGACGGACGAACAGUUUCAGGAUGCACUGGGCUCAGCCAUCGCUACGCUUCAAUUCUGGGAGAAGGAGGCGCCUGACCUCCAGGCAUCUCGCGUCAUUUUGCAGGAGGUCGUAUAUGAUGCUGGCCUGUCGACAUCUGUUGACAAUUCUGCAGCAUAUUGGUCGUAGUGGAUAUACAAACCCUUCCUCAUUGAUCAUACUCUGAGCUGGCAUUGCAAUAUAUGUGGUGUGUGAUAU